AUGACCGAGGUGCUUCAUUUCUCUUCUUCUUCGUCGCCAACCGCUUCUUCCUCUGAUGGCAUUCUAAUUGUCUCCGCCGAGCAAGAACCACCGCCACCCUCGUCUGCGGUGGUGGAGCGGUUAGCUACGGUCACCGACUGUGACGUGCGCGGGGUAACAGACAGGACACAGCAGGAGCUGUCGCUGCUGGCCAUUCUUGUGACCCUUUUUAGGAAAUCGUUGAUUGCUUGCAAGAGUGAAGGGAGAGGGGACAUCUGCGCCAUGGAUAUUGGCUGGCCCACUAACGUGCGCCAUGUUGCGCAUGUCACCUUCGACAGGUUCAAUGGCUUCUUGGGCUUGCCACGUGAGUUCGAACCUGAAGUCUCCACAAGACCUCCCAGUGCUAGUGCAACUGUUUUUGGAGUUUCAACAGAAUCCAUGCAGUUAUCAUAUGAUACGAGAGGGAACAGUGUGCCAACUAUACUUUUAUUAAUGCAAAGGCACUUGUAUGCUCUCAGAGGGUUGCAGGCAGAGGGGAUUUUCAGAAUUAAUGCAGACAAUACUCAUGAGGAGUAUGUUAGGGAUCAAUUAAACAGGGGAUUGGUCCCAGAAGAUGUUGAUAUACAUUGUUUAGCUGGACUAAUUAAGGCUUGGUUUAGGGAACUGCCUACUGGUGUUCUGGAUUCUUUGUCACCAGAGCAUGUAAUGCAAUGCCAAACUGAAGAUGAUUGUGCUGAACUGGUGAGGCAGCUACCUCACACCGAAGCUUCUCUCUUGGACUGGGCCAUCAAUCUAAUGGCAGAUGUUGUCCAAGAGGAACGCCUGAAUAAGAUGAAUGCACGCAACAUCGCCAUGGUUUUUGCACCAAACAUGACUCAUAUGGCAGACCCUUUGACUGCAUUGAUGUAUGCAGUUCAAGUGAUGAACUUCCUGAAGACACUUGUAUUAAGGACACUGCGAGAAAGAAAGGAUUGUGUGGUAGAAUCAUCCCCCGGAUUUUGUUUAGAGCCUUCUGAUGAGAACGGGGACCACAGUCUUUUGGAGGCCUGCCACCAAGACGAUGAUGUUGCCACUGAAAGUGAAGAAUCUGGGGAAACCUUUGUUUUUGAGAAAACUGUAUUAGAAUGUUCCCCUGAAUCUCUCCAAAACAAAUACUCAACCGCAGGAGAAUGUGGCAGUUUGAGAGGCUCUUCUGAGAAUCUGGAUUUUGAGGAGGAACUGUAUUGUGAGUUUCCACCCAAAGGAAACAUUGGAAAGAGUAAGAGUGGACAAUCAAGUAGAUCCAGUGCUAAAAAGGGGUCCAAAAAAACCAGAGGCUUACAUGCAACUGUGGGUGUUGAGAAAAAGGGUAUUAGCAAUCUGAGCCGCAUAGAUUCAAGAUCAGAGAGAAUAGAAGCCUGGCGGUGA